UCUGCUGAUUUUAAUCCAGAAGAAGAAGAAUCCAGACGGUGUGGGAACAUGUUCCCAUCACCGUGUCGGAUCCUGAAGGCGCUCUGCUGCUGCUGCCUGAAGAAACUGGGAGUGCAGACCUGCUGGGCUGCAGCCGCCGGGGUGAGAGGAGCCGGGAAACAUCUCACCUCAAUGCAGGGAUCAUGGGUUUUAUUUCUUUUGCAGACUGUUCAGAUCAUGGUGGGUGUGCUUAAUAUCGGCCUUGGACCGGGAAGAACCAGCACUCGUCUGGGGGAUUUCACCAGCCUGGGAGCUGCUUACUGGUUGGGCGCUGUGUUUAUCGUAACGGGAAUCAUGACGGUUUUAGCGGGUCGGUUUCCUUCCUCCUGCUUGGUGGGCUUCACUGUGUUCCUGAACAUUGUUGGUGCGAUCUUCUCCAUCACUGGCAUCGUGAUGUUCGCCAUCGACCUGAACAACUCCUCUCUGCUCUGGGUUUGCGAUCGCCCCGGUUCUGACCCCGGUCGCCACGACGACAGCUGCAGAAACAUGGCCGCCUUCGAUCAGAACCUACUGACAUCUCUGGACAGAACCUUGAUUCUCCUGGCUGUUCUGCUGUUGGUUGUCAGUAUUUCGUUUGCUGCUCUUGGCAUCGGGUUCCUGUCUGGUGAGGUGAAGGAGGAAGAGCAGGUUGACAAUGUUUCUACAGAAGACUUGAAGGAAAUCCUUCUCAUCAGUCCUGGUGCUUGAAACCAUCGAUGCAUCAGCAGGCAGCGCCGCAAACAAUCCAAACCUCGGUGCCAGAAAUAGUAACACAGUACAGUAGAUAAUAACUCUCAACUUUCUAUUAUUGAUUGACAGUAAAUUAUCAAAUGUAGCUCAUUACUUAGGUUUCUGAUUUAUUCAUUGUGUUUUUGACAAAAACUGACAGAAAAGUGGAUCGAUCUGGUUGGAGAACGUCUGGCAUAAUGCAGCCAUCUUUUUUCCUUCACAGUUUAACUUUAACAAUGGAUUAAAAAUUAAAGUGCUGCACUUUUAGCUGCAGCUGCAUUGAGAUAAUGUCACAGUUUUUAUAUUUUCUGGAUCAGGGCUCUGAAAUGAGAAGCUCUGGAGUCCAAAGUGACUCUUUGGUUCAUUUAAUACAUUAAAUAAUGAAAUAUUGCUCCAUUUUCUUUCAUUCUUUUGUUCUAUCACUGUUCACUCCCAUGAAGAAACAUCAACCCAGCUAGUAAAUUGGACCAGCACUGAUUUCAUCUGCUCAACAAACCUCCUCAGGUGUCCUGAUGAACGUUUUCACAUUUUUUCAUCACUCAGUAUUCAUCCUCCUGGAGUUCACUUUGCUUUCACAUGUGCAAUAUUUCAAAAAAAGGUGAAUAUUAGAAAGAUUGCAAAAUUAACAUAUUCUGAAAAUCUUGUAUGAUUUUCAGAUUCCUGACAAAGAAACAACCAAAGCUAUUUUAAUGUCUCUUUUUAUCAUUUAUUCAUUUUUAAACAUGGUUUAUGUUCAAUAAAAACUAUUUUUCAGAAUUAGAAUCAUCUGGAGAUGUUUAUGCAUUAAACCCACACAAAUAUGUAAAUCUAAAAAUA